GCUGGGAAAGUUUUUCUCGUCCGGGGGGGCGCAUCUUCUUCAACUGUCAAGCGCUGUCAGCGGAAAUGAUGAGACUUUGGCCAUUUUCCGAGUCCGGGUUUCCUUCCUGAGCCCUGGGUGUGUGAGUGGUGUGUGUGUGUGUGUGAGAGAGAGAGGGGAGUGAGUGUGUGAGAGAGAGUUUGUGUGCAUGUGUGUGCAUGUGUGUACCUGGGCCCGGGGGCCUCGGAUGUUUGGAUUUCGGGUGGUGGGCGAGGGCAAGGAGGUGAGCGCCACCAUGGCACAGCGAGACCCUGACGGCUUUCCCUUUUCCAGCUCAGCUACUCCGCCUCGGCAAUGAAUGGCCCUGCUCUCCAGCCUGCACCCUCCUCCCCGCACCCACGGGGCUGGAGCGAGUUCUGUGAGCUGCACGCGGUGGCCACCGCCAAGGAGCUGGCCAAGCAGUACUGGCUGUUUGCCAGCGAGCACCCCCACCAUGACCUGCUGGGGGCUGAGCACUUCUCCCUGCAGUUCACCGACCUGUUCCAGCAGUACUUCCGACAUGAGGUGAGGGAGGGCUGGGCCAUGCACCAGCUCCGGAUCCUGCCUCUCAACUCCAGGGUGCGGGACUACAGGGAAACUGGCAGACGGCACACGGAUGGCUCCUCGGGGCCACCCAAGGCCGAAGCUGGGCCGCCUGGGCCCACGGACCCUGGAGACAGGGCCCCUGAGCCUCCCCAGGCCUUGCCGAAGGCCCGGAGCUCUGAGGAGUUGGCAGCUGGGCCCUCCCCACUGGCCUCCUCUCUGGCAUCCCCCCGCACCAUCGCCCAGUACUCCUUCCAACACCUGCGCCGCAGCCUCCGCAGCAUCUUUCGGCGACGCUCCUCUGAGGCCCUGCCUGCCGGGGAUGGCUUGGGUGAUGGAGAGGCAGGAGAACCCCCUACCAAGCAGGGUCUGCCCAAGAAGAUCCUGCCUUGGAGCCUCUCCCGGGAGCAGCCCCCCGAGGUGCUUAAAGAGGGCGUGCUCAAAUAUGGCCUGGUGGACGAGGCCACUAUGGACAGCGGGACAUUGUGGCAGCGGGGACGGCUGGUGCUGCGGAAAGCGGGGCACCCUGGGGGUGACGAAGGCCACAUCCUGGAGCUCUUCGAUCCUCCCAAGGCUUCAAAGCCCAAGCUGCAUGCCCUCUGCUCGGCCAUCCAGGAGAUCCGGAGAUGCACCCGCCUGGAAAUGCCCGACAACUUCAACACCUUCGUGCUUAAGGUUAAUAAUUCCACCGACAUCAUAUUUGAGACUGGAGAUGAGCAACAGUUGAAUUCGUGGACAUCAGAGAUCAGAGAAUGCCUGAACAGAUUCCGGUUAGAAGGAGCUGAAGAGAAUCCAUCCAACCUGACGCAUGCAGAGCCUGGUGCAUCCGACUCGCCCAAUGGGAGCAUGGAUUCCCUUAGCCAAGGUGCUUCACUCUGUGGGCUGCCCGAUCCAACUUGCCAGAAAACUGACCACUUCCUGUCCUGCUACCCCUGGUUCCACGGCCCCAUCUCUCGGGUGAAGGCUGCCCAGCUGGUGCAGUUACAGGGCCCCGCGGGUCACGGGGUGUUCCUAGUGCGGCAGAGCGAGACACGACGUGGGGAGUACGUCCUUACCUUCAACUUCCAAGGCAAAGCCAAGCACCUGCGUCUGUCCUUGACGGAGCGGGGUCAGUGCCGAGUACAGCACCUGCACUUCCCUUCCAUCGUGGACAUGCUGUACCACUUCCAACGAUCCCCAAUCCCGCUGGAGUGCGGAGCAGCCUGUGACGUCAAACUCUCCAGCUACGUGGUGGUUGUCUCCCACCUGCCAGGUUCCAGCAACCCAGUCCUGUUCCCCUUCUCCGUCCACCGCUGGAGUUCCGAACUCGGCCUUCCUCACCUGAGCCCCUCUGGUUGUCCCCGGAUGCACAUUCCAGAAGAUCUCCCACCUAGGUCAUCUCCCCCCGAACAGAUCUUCCACCUGGUGCCCCCACCAGCGGAGCUAGCCAGCAGCCUUCGGCACGACGAGUCGGCGGCAGAGCCCACGGCCAGGCCACGGGACACGGACUAUGAGCUGGACUCCCCCAGCAGAGGCCGUAUCCGCGCCAUCGAGAAUCAGUACACUCCCCUCUGACAGGAUGAAUGCCAUCACAGGCCCGGCGCCCUGACCCCGCACCCCCAUCCCACACGAACUUUAUGCCCAGGACAGGGGCACCAUGCAGUCUUGCAUGCCAACUGAUCCCAGAACUCUUUUCAAAACGUAAGAAUGUAACUUUCUCUUUUCUUCCUUCUGGGCAGGGACUGUUUUUCAAGGGAUGGAGAUACAUUCUUCACUCCAGUUUGGAUGUGAUCCUUCUAUUAGGCCUGUUAAAGGGCCCGUUAUAAAUGUUAAUCACACGGCUUUCUUAUUACUGUUUACAGAUUGUAGUUCCUGUUCCGCUUGCCGGUAUCUAUGGCUUUAGGCUUGUGCCUCCUCCUCCCUCAUCACUUCAGGGAGUUUACUUUAGCUUAAGGAAGUUUGGGAAUCUCUACUGGGGCUGAUGUAAAGUAAAAUCACCCCAAGGGAACCAAUUUACUACAAAUCCCUGGAAACUAAAAACUAACUUGAGGCAUGAAGAUGUUACUAUUUGUGCUCUCCACAGCAACUGAGAACCACAAUCGUGUACAAGGAAGUGGACACAGCUGCACCCAAAGGGCCAGCAGUUCAUGCUAACUGAGGAGCAAGGGACUUAGAGGAUUUUAGAGUAUUUUAGAGUUUGGGAAUGGGCUAAAUUCAGGUCUUCUUCCACGCCUACUCAGCUACAACCCACGACAGACUUCUUACAGGUGAGUCAGGAAACACUAAAGUCUCAAGAUUUCACAUUUAGCUUGCCCAUUGUACUAUAAACCUGUGUGAGUGAUUUGGGAAAAAAAAAAAUAGCCAACAGCCAUCCCCACAACCAGCCAGCAUAGCACAGUUUCUCUUAGACGAUCAGAAAAAAAUAUUAGGCACAGGUUUAAGGUUUAAAGUUUUUGAAAACGUUUUACCUCAGAUUAUUUCUUACAGGAUUUAGGUAUAAGAACCAAAUCCAGACUGUUGCUCACCUCUUUGCACUGUUUAGAUGUCAGAUGCUAUUUAUAUAGUUAAAAGGACAAUAGUUAUGCAAAUGCUACGUCACUAGUUUGUGGUUUUUAAAGCCAGAAGGGCCUUUGUUUUUUGUAAUGAGUUCUCAGGAAAACCACUUUAGUUUCUUUCUAAUUUUUGGACAGCCCGUUGUCAUUUUAAAAAUAGAAAAGUGAAGUAUGUCACCUCUUUGGGGAAAUUAAAGAAGUCACUGUAAUGGGAGGGCAGCAAUGAACAGUUUUCCUCUUGUGCCUUACUAAGACUUGGAUUCUGGUUUACAUUGGCCAUGUGGCGUGCUAUAGGAAGAGAAGAAAAAUUGGCAACUUUUUGACUCUUGAAAUGCUUCACUAAGUGGUAGGGGUUGUGCACAGCUCUCUAAAUGGCUAAUAGUUUCUGAAGCAAGACGUGAUCCCAUGAUUGUAUCAAUAUAACUCCUGUACCUGAAAUGGAAGUUAUGAAGCCAGAACCAUGGCAAGCGGGGACACACAGCGUAUUGAUAGAAAGUGCCCAAUAAAUUCCUGUUGGCAAGCUGAUUACUGCUGAAUUUAUUGCAUGUAUGAGUUAUUUUUAAUUUUAGAUUUAGUGACUAUUCAUCUUCACUCAAUGUCAUGGCUUAACUAACACGGUUUACAGUUCUGGUAGGCUUCUGAAACCAUAUAAAUUAACCAGACUUUCCUCCUUCUUAAACUAAGUGAUACACAAAGUUCACCCUCUCAGAGAAGAGACAAAGCAACCCAGGUGACAGGGAUUGCGGACAACUGCUAACAUAACUCAUAAUGGCUACUGGCCAGACAUACCUUCUCCCUGAUGUUGCUUUUAGGAAAUUGAGGCUUUUUGGCAGAGGUGGAACGUUUUUACAAACGUAGCAUCUUGGGAGCUCUCAAUUUUGAUUGUGUGGGGAUUUUUUAGAAUAAAUUUCAAGUCUUCUGAGCUUUUUUUAAUGACUACCUUGUAUCCUCCUCAAGGGCUUGGCCCCUAGUAAGUGCUGAGUGCUAUGAUUAUGACUGUCACCUGGAGGAUACGAAGAGUCAACAGCAUUCCUACACACCCCAGCUUUCCUCAUCCUACUGCAGCCUCAGUAAUCUGCUGUUGACCACUUGAUAAAGUUUCUGCAUUCAGAACCCAUCAAUGCCAGACUCAACUGAAAAUCUAAAAAGGGGCAGGAGUAGCCUGGCUUCCGCAAUGAUGGACGAGUUCAGGCAGAGGGAAUGGAUUUGAGCAGUAAUUUGAUUCCCCAAAAGAAGCCCAGCAGAGCUCUCUCCCCCAACCCAGCUGUUCAUCCACCUCCGGAGAUGAAAUCUUACUUCUGCUCAUGAACACUUUCCUCGGCAAGCCCCUUCUCCCUUCAGCUUCUUUAUCACUCACUAAAUGUCCCUCUACCCCUGUAUUAUUCUCAAAAAACCCUUAGCAGUCUGCUUUCCCAUGGUGAAAGCAGUUUGCAGAAGGUGCAGUCCUGUUAGGCAUGUCUCCUUAAAUCCAGAAAAUGUUACCGAUUGCUGAUCAAGAAAUGUAAGUAUUAUUUUAUGAUUCCCCUUUUCAAAGAAAAAAAUUUGUACAGUUUCAAAAAGUGGGUGGCUUCUGUUGAAAUCCCCCCCGCCCCCAGCCCAAGCUGCUGUUAUAAAUUUCAGUUGCUUCUCUUAUUCAGAUAUUCAGUGAUUAAGGGCUGUGGCAUCCAAGGGCAUGAAUAACUACACUGGCAGGAUCAACCGAGCCAGGUAACACACAUGCCCUGGCAUUCCUCAGCAACUAUGCAGACAAGCCUUUUCACUUUUGCUGCUCUUCUUGCCUGGCCUAAGGUGGAUCUUGCCAGCGGCCAGGAAAACCCAAUGAAGAACGGGCUCAGAGGGACUGGAGACAAACUUAAGCAGCAGCUUGGCUCAGUUUGAGUUCUAAAUCCUUGAUGGAGGCAUGAACGUAUGGGCUGUUGCAUAUCCCCAUUGAUCACAGUGCCACUCUCCAAAUAAAGUCUUUCCUAUACUCUUGGAUUGUAAAAAAAAAGAUACAAUUAUCUGACAAAAGGCUGUUUCAACUCUUGGAGUGACAACACUAAACUGCUAACAUCUUUUUCUCCCGAAGCAUUUCCAACUAGAGUAAAUGAUAUGGUACGUUGUGAUGGGCAGGAAAGGUGUCUACUAACUCUGUUGAAUUGUACUUUCCCAAGUGCUUAGUCCAGUGCUUUGCAGUGAAUACCACUGAUUGAUUGAUGGUAUGGCCCUCCUCUCCUAACAACUAUUCCAAAGAUGACUGCUUGCCCAGGAAGGCCCCACCCCAUUCCCUUAUCUUCUUUAGGCUGCAUGUCACUAGACUGCCUAAAAGGAUUUGGUCAGGGAAUUAACUGGGGGAAAGAUCCUGUUAACAAGGAGCCUUAUAUGCUUCAGUUUCAGCCACCUGCAGUCAGUGCCCUUUUCUAUCUUCUGAUUCCUGUCAAAACAUGAUUCCUACUUGGCAUGAAGUCAAACGGGUCAUUUUCCUAGGGAAAGCACUUUGCCUGUGGCUACAACUCUAGCAAAUGUUGCCACUCACAACCGUUCCAAUUUGAGGACGGAUAACUAACCCUUUACCCAACCCCUCUAGCCCCUAUGCAAUUUUUUGACUCUUUUGUAUCUGGCCUAAAUACAGAUUAGAAAGCAAAUGAUGGCCAAAAUCUCUCUCUCUCUCUCUCUCACUCACCUGCCUUAAAUUCUAGACCAGCAAUUCAGCUCAUGGCCCUUAAGGAAGAGACAGAGAGCGGGUAUAACAAAUCGAUCACUUUUGAUACCUUGGAGCAGAAAACACUAUUUUUGCAUAACAGUUUUUUAAAUUCUCAAUUGAGGCCUUUAAAUUCUAACUGAUGGUUUAAGACUUCUCCUUGCUUUCACUCAGAGCUUAUAAUCCUUACAUGCGUCACAUCUGCCACCAUCUGCCACAGGAAGAGUAACUAGAUAGUGUAUGCCAUUAUUCAUGACCUUUUAACAAAGAGGCAUCUUAAAUCCGGCAUUUGUUUAGUCAGAAUAAGUACUUCAUUUGUUUUUAGCUAUGAAAACAGAAAGUCAAUUCAUCUUGUGUAAUUAAA